GACUUUAAGAGUUAUUUUUUUUCUUCUUCCUUUGGCAAAGGGCAAAACAAGUAAAAUGAAGGCCUUACUGGUUGUUUUGGCCCUCUUCCUGCCCAUCAUAAAUGCCCAGGUGCCUCAUUGGGGGCCGUGCCCAGAGCCUGUCACUCAACCUGCCUUCAACCUAAAGAAGUUUAUGGGCAGGUGGUUUGAGAUCGCUAAACUUCCAGCACAGUUUGAGCGAGGGAGAUGCAUUGAGACUAACUUCACUCUCAAGCUGGAUGGAACGGCUCAUGUAGUGAGCUCUGAAAUUCUAAAAGGAGAGUUAAAAACAAUUGAAGGGACAGCUGUGGUGGAAGAUAAAAGAAAUCCAGCAAAGCUUGGAAUCAGUUUCUCUUACGUUUUGCCCUACACUCCAUACUGGAUUUUGUCCACUGACUAUGAGAAUUCAGCGCUGGUGUAUUCAUGCACUGAUGUCUUGAGACUGUUCCACGUAGACUUCGCUUGGAUUCUGGGCCGCACCCGAUCCCUGCCUGCUGCCACCAUUGACCACGGAAAAGAGGUUUUUACCAACAACAACAUCGAUGUGAGUCGGAUGAUCUUAAGCAGACAGCAGGGAUGUGACAAAGACCUUUAAAUGACUGUCUUACUGGAUAAUCCUGUGUCCAGUGUUGAACAACAUGUGGACUACAAAAGUAGUAUACGAUUCCUUUUAAUAAUAAUAAAAAUU